AUGUUAAACAAAGAAGCUUUAUCUCCUAGUGUCUCAGAAGUCAAUCCCUCACACUCUUCUCCCAAACAACUUACUUCAACCAAUCCACAAACAAGUUCAUCAUCUUCAACAGUUUCCCUUCCUAAAGAACGAAACCCUACAACGUCUUCCCCAAAACCUGUUGGUUUCACUAGAACUCGUAAAAGCCAAAUCCCAAAGAAGUCUGUGCCUACUUCUACGUCCUCUGAGAAACCUAAUUUGGAAGGAAGAACUCAUACUAUGAUGACCUCUCAAUAUCUUGAGGCAUCUGUGGAAACUACUGAGAAGGAUGAUGGUAUGGAAGUGACACGUCAAGAAAUGAAAACAGAGACUGCAACUGAAAGGGAGAACUUGAGUGAAGUUCCUUCAGGCUCAGGUUAUCCAACUUCUCUUGCAAAUGUGGAUAUUUCUGGUCAUUUGGGUAAAAGUGUGGUAACGGGUGGUGAAACUGCUAAGGAUAGCAUAGACAAUGUUGUUGCUAUUAUACCUGCUAACAAUGCAGAGAUGGAGACUGAGGAAAUGGGUGUUUCAACUCAAGGGGAACAGAUGUCUACAAUUGCAGUUCCUUGGAAAGAAUCCACACUUGAUAGGACAGCCUCUUCAGAGGAGGAACCUGGUUCCUCUAACCAUUCUGAGAAGGUUAACUCUGAAGGUAAUGAAAUAAACUCUGAAAAUGAUGUUGUAUUGAGAACUGUAUAUAAGCAGAGGUAUGAGGGUGCUAAGCAGAUGAAAAAGUGGAAAAACAGGAGAAAACAUCUCGCAGAUAGGAAGCCUAUUUCUAAACAAAGAAAGAGACCUCCUACCAUAAGGCAGAAGUCUCACACAAGAUUAGACUCUGCCUUACUAGUUAACAAAGCAAAGACUACUGAUAAGAGGUGGAGGAGAUUACAUUUGGUAAAUUUAUGUAAGUUGAGAGAUGGAGAGGAGGAGAUGAUUGCUGUGUCUGAGGGAGAAGAAGAGAAAGAGGAAGCCACCUUAGUCAGGAAAAACUCCAAAAGUAGGCGGACGCGCCGGGCGAGCGAGAAGAAAACUGUAGCUGAAGGCGGUGAUGGUGAAGAUACUAGCGAAAGUGAAAAGGAGAAAGCAGUGGCAGAGGGGAAGAAGGCAUCAAAAUCCCCUAAGAAAAGAAAAAAAUGGUGUUAG